GUCAAAUCUAUUUCAUUGAAUUGAAAAGCAACGGUUUGUUUGGUUUGCUCUCAAAUUUGCUCUGCUUGCUUUCUUCUUGUUGUCUGGUCUGUCUGAUAAUUUGUUUGUAAAUAAACAAAUCUCGACGGUCAAUUUUCAUUUGAAUUUUAUGUAUAAACAUAAAUUUUUUUAACUAAAAUUACUCGUAAAAUUCAUUAAAAUGGAGUUGGAGUAUUACAAAGUGACUUCUGAGUUAGACGCAAGGGAAGUUUUACGAUAUCUUAACUAUUUAGGUAUACGUAAUAUUAGUGGUGAAGUUUUAAAAUAUUUCAUUUCAGAUCUGAAAAAACUUAUCAAAUAUGACUUGCAGCAAAAGGAAAAUUUGCUUCAUGAGAGGGAAAUCAAGUCACAAGGACCUGAGAGGUUACACAGUGCCACCACGUUUUCAUCAAGAAGCCGUUCCAAGGCUAAUGAUGGUAUUCUCAUGUGUUGCAGUAAAGAAUGCACUAACCCUAAAGUAAAACUGAUAACUAGGAAAACCCAUUCAGCCCCUUGUAUACCCAAAAAGUUAGAGACCAAUAAUAAACCUCUACGUAGGGCAUGCUCUUGUGUCAGAGUAGAAAAGAAAACAGAAGAAGACUGCAAAGAAAAGGCUCCUACAAUCGGAAGCAGUCAUUCUAAAAACUUAAUUAAAGUCCCGAAGCAGCCCACUAAGAAGAAAUGUGACCCUGUAUCCUUAUAUCAUUAUUACACUUCUCUUUGGGCCAAGUACAAACCAAAUGUACCAGGAGAAAAUGAUUGGUCUGAGCUUAGAUGGCGUGUUCGGCAGAAAAUGGCUGGCAAUUUAGAGAAUCCAGUUCAGAAUUCAUGAUUUGCCAGAAGUGUACCUGUAGCUACCUACUAUAAAAUAAAACUGACAUGUAUAGGUACUGAAAAGUUGUAUAAUUACUGGCAUAAGUUCUGUGAUAAGAAAUAAAUAAAG